AUGCCUCGAUUCUUGACACCGAGAGAAGCGGCUAGAAUACGGAUUUUUGUACAGCAGGGGCGUUCGUAUAGAGAAGUUGCUGCUUUGUUUGGCAUACACAACAAAACUGUUAUGAGAGUGGUUCAGCGGUUUCAAGAAACCAGGAGCGACAUUAGGAGGCGAGGUCAGGGCCGUCCUCGGGCUACAAGCGAAGCUGACGACCGUUUUGUAAGGCUAAACGCAUUAAGAAAUCGUACUUCAACAAGUUACAGAGCUGCAAGCAAUGUUAAGAACAAACUCGAAAUGUCCAAGUUACAAAGUAGAACUAUACGCCGACGUCUCCAUGAAGGCACAUUGAGCAGCAGAAGACCUGCCAGAGGCCCACUUCUCACCAGAAGGCAUCGAGUAAUGAGAUUACCGUUUGCUCAAAAUCAUGUCAAUUGGACUGUGGAGGAUUGGAAGGCUCUUCACUGA